AUGCCGGAUUUCAAGAAUUUUAAGAAGCUCCUUCGACCAUUUGAUAAAUUGCGCGAAACACGCAGAUCUUCGAGGGAGGCCGAUGUCCGCACUCGAGAGAAUAACGUGAAAUCGCCAACUACAGAUCCCCCGAGAGAAAAUGAUGCGGCACAUAUGGAGCAACGUGAGGACCAAAAUCCGCCAUCCGUGACCAUCGAGCGUCCAGGAGAGCAACAGCCGGCUACCGAGCAGCAUGACUCCCUGUUACCCGAUCCAGCACCGUUCAGUAACGCAAUUGAUUUGCCUGAAAUAGCGGAAGCUUCCACCACCCCGUCUGGAAGUAGUAUCUGGAAUGAGGCUUACGAUAGCCUGAAAGCAGAAGAGCCCAAGCUGGUGCAAGCAUAUGAGAAGAUCCUAUCCAUAGAAAUAAAUGGAAAUCCGGAUGCUUCCACAAAUCAUAAAUCCGAUAAUUAUCUCAUCGAAAAAGAGGAUGUAUCAUUUAGAAAGGCGCAGAUGUACCAACUGAUCGACAAUGGCUUGGAAAAAACCAGGCACGAAACGAAUAUCAAGGACAACAUAGGCUCAGCGAUGAAAAUUGCCAACGCAACGAAGAAAAUGAUUGGGGACACAAUCAAAGACAUACCGCAAGCCGCUCUUCCCUGGGCUAUAGUUUGCGUUUCGCUCGAGAUACUAUCCGGUCCUCUAUUGCAAACCGAAACCAAUCGUUCAGCAGUUGAAUAUGUUGGAGACACACUGGCGUGGUACUGGGAAAAUGCGACGCGUCUUUUCGAUAACGAUCAAGCAGAAAGUUAUUUGGAAGGCUUUCAACGCCAGUUACGGACAGCGUUUGUCCGAUUUUACAAAAAGCUUCUACAAUUUCAAAUGAAAAGCAUCUGCGACUACUACAGGCACCGAGGCUUUGUUUUCUUCCGGGAUCUCAUGAAGUUUGAUGACUGGGAUGGUAGUGCCAAAUCUAUUCGAGAGGACGAUGAGUCUCUUCGCAAGAGGAUCAAUGAGUUUCUACAUCAUAAAAUGGAAUCGCAUCUUGAAAGUUUGACUCUUCGAUUUAAAGCAUAUGAAAGGACGCAAGAAGAUCAGCAAUGCCUUAAAGACUUGUUCAUCACUGACCCACGCGAUGACAUGAAGCGUAUUGAAAGAACCAAGGGAGGGCUAUUCGAAGACUCAUAUCAAUGGAUUUUUGGAAACACGAAAUACCAAGAGUGGCACAAGAAUGAUCUAAACCGGUCUCUUUGGCUUAGCGGCGAUCCAGGCAAAGGGAAAACUAUGCUUCUUUGCGGUAUCAUCCAGGAAUUGAUGCGACAGUCAGGUCCGAAUCUGAUGACAUUCUUUUUCUGCCAGGCCACAAUUCUGAGCAAUAGCGACUACGUAUCCGUUUUACGCAGCCUCAUUUGGUUGCUGGCAAACCAGCAACCUUCUCUGAUAUCCUAUAUCAGAAGCUCAUACGAUAAAGCUGGCCAAGCUCUCUUUAACGGAGCAAAUGCUUGGGACAAACUGUCACAAAUCUUUAGCGACAUGCUGUGCGACAGCAGACUGCCACCAGUCUACAUCAUUGUCGACGCGCUUGAUGAGUGCACCACAGGCCGGACGGAGUUCUCACAUCUCAUUCAGAAGCUUUCGACGUCGCCGAAAGUCAAGUUGCUAGUAUCCAGUCGCAACUGGCCCGAAAUUGGGGGCCAGUUGAUUAAUGAGAUGAACCUUAGCCUUGAAGUAAAUGCUGGGCUUGUUGAAACGGCAGUGGAGUUGUACAUUUCUUAUAAAGCAUCCCAACUAUUCAUUCUACGUGACGAUCCCCAGUUGAAAGAGGAAAUUUGUCAUCGAAUGCGAAUCAAGGCGAACGGUACAUUUCUAUGGGUUGCAAUCGUCUUUAAAAGUCUUGAAUCGAUAAGAUAUUAUGACGAUAACUCAGAAGUCCUAGAAAUGAUAGACGAAAUGCCUGAGGAUCUGAUACAACUUUACGCUACCAUGCUGCAGCGAAUUGCUGUUUUAGAAGGAGAAAGCGCAAAACUGUGUCAAACCACUCUUGCUAUUGCAACAUUGGUAUAUAGGCCGUUACAUCUCAACGAGCUUUCGACCCUAGCGGGAUUCCAGAGACGUUUGAAGAGACUACCUCAUAUAGAAGAGUUGAUAAAGGACUGUGGCUCGUUCUUGACUGUUCAAGAAAACAAAAUCUACUUCAUACACCAAUCUGCGAAGGAUUACUUAGCCAGCGACGUUUCAUCACAAUCUUCUAUAUUCCCUAAUAGAAGAGAUAAAGUUCAUUAUAGUAUCGUUUCAAAUUCAUUGGACGCUAUGUCGCAGAUACUGCGAAAGAACAUCUACAAUCUGGAACACCCGGGAACUCUCAUCGAUGACAUUUGCCCGCCAAAAGAUAAUCCUUUGGACACCAUACUCUAUUCUUGCGCCCAUUGGGUUGCCCAUUUGUGUGAAAUAGAUGCUCAAAGCCCCUUGGAUAGUCUUAUUGACAAAGAGAAACUUUUGGGCUUUUUUAAGGCACACUUUCUCCAUUGGCUAGAGGCGCUUAGUUUGACACGAAAUCUAUCAGUUAACAUACACCACAUCAAACGGUUCCAUAAAGUGCUAAAAAAGUCUGCGGAGGAUGAGCUUCAAAAACUUAUGUAUGAUGCAAGCCGAUUCAUUCAGUACCAUUCUCAAAUUAUUGAAACUGCACCACUGCAGGUAUAUUCUUCAGCAAUUCUAUUCAGCCCUACGGAAAGUUCGGUGCGUUCCAACUUCAUUGGCAAGUUAUCUUCUUGGAUAACAUCAAAGCCUGUAAAAGAUACCCAUUGGAGCCCCUGUCUGCGAAAAAUCGAAACCAAGGAUUCAGUGGCAGCGGAUACUAGAGACACAGAUCUCUUGAUCGUGGAAAAAAAUUCUAACAAAGUCGUAACUUGGGACAUGACUCUAGGACAGCGAAUUCACAUCUUCAACCACACAGAAAUCGUUCGCGACGCAGUGUUCUCAAGCGAUUCGAAGUGUGUGCUGACCGCUACUUUUAAUCAAUUGAUAUCCUGGGACAUAACCUCUGGCAAAAUGAUACGAGAAAUUGAUAUUCCGGGGCUAUAUGCUACUGCUGCCCUUCUCAAAAUUUCCAAAGAUGGGAAAUUUAUAGCGGCGGCAGUGGGACAUAAAUUCGUUCAAAUAUACAAUGUAGCUGAAGACACGAAAACUCAAAUCUCUUUCGGAGAUUAUGGAUCUAUUUGGGCCAUCAAUUGGUCCAAUGAUUCCAAGUUUGUCCAUAUUGCCGCAGACAAGGUUGCACUUCUCUGGGACAUGGCUAGAGGCACACCUAAAAUGGAGUUUGAUCAAGAUGUUUUGAAAAGUAGCCAUCUCAACAUUUCGAAAGACUCUAAGCUUAUAGCUUUUAUUGACAGAGUGACCGGGGGGAUUGUCAUUUGGGACCUGAAUAAAAGCGAGAAGAUUCUGGCGAUUGUAACAGAAAGUUUUCCAAAAGAACCUUCAAACAUUGAGUUUUCAAAUGACUCCACCCUUCUCGCUAUGGCUGACGACUCUUUUGUUCGAGUCUGGGAUAUUACUACCGGGCGAUGUCGACAUAAUAUCAGAUUAGAGAGGAGAUACGCCAGCGAAUUGAGGUGGUUCAGUGGUUCAGAGGCCUUGGCCGUUAUCUUUCCUGACAGCGUCGAAAUAUAUGAUCUCACUGAGCAUAUAUACUGGGACUCCAGCAAUGAUACAGGACCAGUAAAUAAAGUUACUUUCUCGGCUGAUUCUAUGCUGGUGGCUGCUGGGAGUGCGGACCUUAAAAUCUGGAACUCGACAACUGGAAGUGAGAUUCAAACAUUUCCCGCAAUUUAUCCUCCUUUACGCUAUCAUCUACAGUUCUCUCACGACUCCACGUGCAUUUACACGUAUUACAAUGGCGGCUUGAAGUCUUGGGACAUUGCCUCAGGUAACCUGAUAUCACAUUCUUUUAAAAUCCCUACUGUGCGAAGGAAUCAGGCAGCGUUCUCAUCCGAUGGAAGAUAUUUUGCACUCGCUAAAGAUGGGGUUCAGCUAUGGAACUUGACCACAAACGAAACUUCCUCUCCUUCAAUGACUCGGCAGGCAAAAGUUACUCAGCUUGCAUUCUCCCAUAAUGCCGCAUACCUAGUCUUAGUGUCUGACGUUUUUGACGGUGUCCUAGUUACAAGUAUUAUUGACGUAUGGAAUUUAGCAACUGGAAACAGGAUAUGGACGGUGGACGAUGUUACAGACUGGAGCAAGUAUGCAGACAUACAUACGUGCGAAAUCUGUGGUGGCUGGAGUGAAUACUACCAGGACAAUUCAAUUGCUAUUUCUGAUGGCGGUAUGGUGCUUUAUGUAAGGCCAUUCAGCCAUGAGAUGGUAAUUUUGUCAGAAGGAAUGGAGAUUCUUCAGCUACCUGUUUGUUAUCAAAAACUUGAACCAUAUUUUGACAUCGAGUGGCCGUAUAUUGUUACGCAAUCUGGUCGUUUACAUCUCGAUAAGGUUAUUGCUCAAGCGGCAGAGUCUUCUCACUUUGAGAAAAUAUCCGACUACCAGUCGAUGACAGAGGGCUAUGGCAUUAGUUCUGACGACUCAUGGAUCACCUGGAAUGGAGAAAAUAUCCUCUGGCUUCCACCAGACUACCGUCCAGCAGGGAAACGAGCUAUAUCCCGUCACUGCAUUGCCAUAGGAACCAUAUCAAAAGGUGUUCCCAUUUUUAAUUUUUCUAGUCCUCCUCCUUUUGAACUCUUAUAUUAG